GCGAGCAUUUGAUGCUUGUGUGGAAUUAAGCCUUUACACUGAAAAGAGCCAUUUGACACAUUUGUCAAUAUAGACUCCCGUACUAGCUUUCACCACUGAAAAGGCUGAAUGAAUUUAUCCGUUCUCCAUCCAUACCUUACACCGUAGCCAAUCGAGCAGCUACUAUGCCGGAGACAUCUGGAGAAUCAGCAGUAGAUGCUGUGCCAACUUUCGAAAGCUUUCCCAAACAUCCCAAGCGCGUCAUUUUACGACUUCGUGUGAACGAAUUCGAUGGUCGUAACCCAACAGAGUUUGACCAUGCUAUCAUGGCAUAUCUAGCAUCUGCUGGACGCCCUGUCGAUGAACUCACGCAAAGAAUCCAUCACUCGCAUAUCGAACCUUUCCAACCCCCAGAGAUGAAGCAGAGGUCAUUUCAUAUAGUUCUGGAUAUUGAAAAAGAUAUGCUCAGUGAUCCAGACUUUGAGAGAGUAGAGCACGAAGUUCACCGUGUUCACCGAGCUAAGAAUGGUACAUUUAAAGUCAAUCGCAUUUCGAAUCCAGCCGAAGAGCAGAACUUUGUGCGACAGAUGCGACUUUUCACGGACACUUUCUAUCCGUGGGCAAAAUAAUGACGCUCAUCCCGGACCCAUGAGGGCUCCAGGGCGAAUUUGUAGCCGUCAUGCCUGUUUUUUCUAUCGGGGGGAAAGGGGUUGUACUUAGGUUUGCUGGCUGGUAGUACAAAUGUAUUGAAAAGAUGCAAAAUGGUUUUCUCUCGUGAGGCGAUUGGUUUCGUUAACUUAGUUAUUAUGUAGAUUGAUAAAUCUUUUAAUAAAAAAAAUUUUACUCUCUGUUUUAAAA